GAGUGGGUGAAAAUGAAAGACCAAGGAAAGUUUGUUCCAACAAAUACACAAUCAAUGUUCCAAAACACUCUUCUUCAAGAAAAAGAAAGAAAGAAAAUAAACAAUGCAAGAGACGAUCGUCCUCUACCCAUCGCCCGGAUUGGGCCAUGUGUUCUCAAUGGUGGAGCUUGGCAAACUCAUCCUUCACCACUACAACAACCGAUACUCCAUCACCAUCCUCCUUACCACUGGCUUUUGGGACACCCCAACCAUCAUCUCUUACAUCAAUUCCGUCUCCCAAGCCUUCCCAUCUAUCUCCUUCUUUCGCUUCCCUUCCAUCUCCAUUGACCUAUCUCAAAACUGCAGCGGUGCCGCCAUUGCCUUCCACUUCAUCCGCCUUCAUGCACCCAACGCCCUCCAUUCUCUUCAACAAAUCUCCAAAUCUCAAAAAAUCUCCGCUUUUAUCAUUGAUCUUUUCUGCACUUCGGCUUUAUCUAUGGGAAAAGAUCUUAACAUCCCUACUUUUUACUUCUUUACCUCUGGUGCUUCUACCCUUGCUGCUUUCCUUCAAAUCCCAAAGCUUGAUAAACAAACCUUUGGAAGAAGCUUCAAAGAUCUGCCCAACACGGUCUUCCAUUUUGAGGGUGUGCCAUCGUUGAGAGCUGUACACAUGCCUGACCCUUUACUUGAUAGAGAUGAUCCAGCUUAUCAUGAUUUUAUGUACUUCAUGUCAAGUCUUCAACAAUCAGACGGAAUCAUAGUCAACACUUUUGAAGAUCUUGAACCCAUUUCCAUUAAGGCUAUUGCUAAUGGUUUAUGCCUUCCUGAUGCUCCAAGGACUCCACCAACGUUCUACAUUGGACCUUUGAUUGCACCAAGUAAACAUGAAGCUGAAAAUGACUAUUGUUUAUCAUGGCUAGAGAAGCAACCGAGUCAAAGCGUUGUGUUCUUGUGUUUUGGAAGCCAUGGGUCGACGUUCUAUCCACCCCAAGUUAAGGAAAUAGCCAAAGGGUUGGAAAAUAGUGGGCAAAGGUUCUUAUGGGUUGUAAAAGAUCCACCCAAUCAUGAAAAGACUAAGCAAGCUGAAGAUAACCCUGAUGUGGAUUUAGACAGUCUUUUACCGGAAGGAUUUAUGGAGAGAACCAGAGAUAGGGGCUUGGUUGUGAAGUCAUUUGCGCCACAAGUAGCAGUGUUGAACAAGGACUCAAUUGGUGGCUUUGUGACACACUGUGGGUGGAACUCGGUAUUGGAAGCGGUGGUGGCUGGGGUGCCUAUGAUUGCAUGGCCUUUAUAUGCAGAGCAACACUUGAACCGGAACAUUUUGGUUGAGGAUAUGAAGAUGGCUAUUCCGGUGGAGCAAAUGGAGGGGGAUGGGUUUGUGAGUGGAACUGAGUUGGAGAAACGAGUGAGAGAGUUGAUGGAAUCAGAGAAGGGUGAGGAACUUAGAGAAAAGAGCAGGAAGCUGAAAGAGAAGGCCUUGGCUGCCAUGGGUCCAUCAGGGUCUUCUACUAAAGCACUUACCAAGCUGGUUGAGUUAUGGAAGUAAGGUUGAGGCCGUUGUUUCUUCUAUUGGUCCCUUCCCGUUCUUCUCUGCUUUUUAAACGAACUUUUACAACAGAAAGUCCUUUUCUCUUAAAAGCAAGGAAGAACGGCCAUCGUUUCAGAAUUUUUUCCACCAUCAAAGAAGUGCUUUUUGGCUGAUGGAGAAGUUAAAAAUUUCAACUUUUCUUCAGCCAAAAGUCCGUUUGGCUGAUAAUUUCCCAUUUUAACCUGUCUUCUCCCUCAAAAAAGUUUCUCUUCUCUGGUUCUUUGGAGCUUCCUAGAAGGUACGCUUCCUAGAAGUAAUUCGUAAUCUUUUUCUCUGUUUCUGAAAUUUCACUUCCCCAAUUCACAACCCUAACAUGUUUCUCUAAUCAGACUUCAAUCCAGGUUUUUUUUCCUUUUUUUCCUUGUGCGGAAUGUAAUUUUAUUUUCUCUCCUGUUUGGUUGUGGAGGAAAAAAAAGGGGCAUGUGACGGAGUUUUUAGAAAUCUUUUGUUCUCUGGUUUUCUUUCCUUAUUUAAAAAAAAAUAGUUGUUGAUUUUGA